AUCGUUUGGCUAUUCUUAACUUGGAGUCACAGAAUUUAUAAAGCAUCACAGAAAAAAAAAUAAUAGUCGAGGUAGGGAGAGAAUGUGAAUGAGAGCGAUGCAGUCAAGUAGUGGGGUGACGAACUUUUAGUAGAAACAGUCAGUAAACAGAAGCAUAAUCGGAUAUACGCUAGUAAAAAUGAUAUACUUUGCGAGAAACUAAGUUUCAUUUGUUAUAAAAAAAGACAAAAAGUCCUUUUCUGCUAAAUUUGAUAUUCAACACCAUUAUCUUCGUUAAAAUGUUAUCGAAUUCUUAGAAUUAUCAACCUACAAUGCUGAUUCAAUUGCUCUAUCUCACCAUCCUACCAUCAGUAUUAGGACAUGGAAAAAAAGUCACCUUAGGUGGCCUAUUUCCUGACAAUCCGGAAGAGGAUCUGAUGCAAAAGACAUUCGAACUAUCGAUCAAUGCAGUUAAUAAAAUGAGACAUACUUCUGAAGAGCUGUCUCAUGUUUAUUUUGAACCCGAAUCCAUGGUUGUUACUGAUGAUAUAUAUGGAACUUCACAAAGUGUUUGUUUGCUCGUUGAAAAAGGCAUUGCUGCAAUUUUUGGACCCCAAGAUGAAGUAACUUCCGUAUACGUACAAAGUAUGUGCGAUACAAUGGAUGUACCUUAUAUAGUUGGUCAUUGGAAUACUGAUCUGAGUAGAAUGAAAGCGAUUAAUUUUUAUCCUCAUUUUGAAGCAAUGUCUAUGUUUUUUUUGCAACUGGUCACGGAAUUCAAGUGGGAAUCAUUUACAAUAUUGUACGAUAGCUCUAGCGGUCUUGUGAGAAUGAAAAAAUUGCUUCAAAAAUGGGAUCCUAAAGGCUAUCCAGUCACAAUUCGUUAUUUAGGCGAAGGACCUGAUUACAGAGCCACGCUAAAAAGAGUUAAAUAUUCAGGAGAUCACAAUAUAGUGCUGGAGUGUACACAUGAAAUACUUGAAGAAGUCCUCACACAGUCUCUGCAAGUUGGAUUAUUAUCAGACAGGCAUAAAAUCAUUAUAACAUCCAUGGACUUACAAAUGUUGGAUCUAAAUCCAUUUCAACAUUCAGGAGUAAACAUUACUGGCGUAAGACUCGUUGAUCCAGAAGAUCCAGAUUCUAUAGAAAUAUUUGAUAAUUAUCUCUACGAACUAGGAUUAGAGGAUUUGUCAAAAAUGCACACAGAGUGGGCACUUAUAUUUGAUGCUGUACAAUUGUUUGCUAGAGCUUUUAAACCUUUUAAAGAAGCGGUUAAAGUAAAUGUUCGAUCUUUAGCUUGUGAUGGUUAUGAUACUUGGGAGCAUGGAGCAUCUCUAGCUAAUUUCAUACGCAAUAUCGAAAUGAAAGGCCUCACUGGCCUCAUAAAGUUUGAUACAAAUGGCUUUCGAAGUGAUUUCAAACUUGAUAUUGUACGGCUUGGAAAUGAAGGGCUUAAAACUAUAGGCACCUGGAACAGUACGAAUAGUAUCGAAUGGUUUCCUGAUCCACCUCCCCCCAUUGAUGGCGACGAGGAUUUAGCGAAUAAAACGUUUAUUGUAUUGAUUUCUCUGUUGGAUCCAUUUAAUAUGUUGACUGAGUCUUCAACAAUGAAAACAGGCAAUGAUCGUUAUGAAGGAUUUACCAUAGAUAUUAUACAUGAAUUGAGCAAGCUCCUUCAUUUUAAUUAUACUUUCGUUGAACAGACCGAUAAAAAUACUGGAAAAUACAAUCCAGUUACUGGUAAAUGGAAUGGAAUGAUCGGCAAGAUUAUCGAUAAAACAGCAUCCUUUAAUAAUUAUAAAAAAACGUUCAUUAAAGUAAUUUUCAAUUAUCAGGAGGCAGAUCUUGCCAUAACAGACUUGACGAUAACAUCUGACAGAGAGAAAGUAAUCGACUUCACACAUCCAUUUAUGCAUUUGGGAAUCAGUAUUCUUUAUAAAAAACCUUCCAAAGCUGCACCAAGUCUAUUUCAAUUCUUGGCUCCUCUUUCAAAUGAAGUAUGGGUUUAUUUGUUGGCAGCGCAUAUUCUUGCAACAUUAUUAUUAUAUUUCAUAGCAAGAAUAAAUCCGAAUGAAUGGAGUAAUCCUUAUCCUUGCAUUGAAGAACCAGAAGCGCUGGAAAAUCAAUUUUCAUUGACUAAUUCAUUUUGGUUUUGUAUUGGAAGUUUUCUACAACAGGGUUCAGAUUGCGCACCAAUUGGAACAUCAACCAGAAUGCUGGCUACAACUUGGUAUUUCUUUUGUAUGAUUAUGACGUCUUCAUACACUGCUAACUUGGCUGCUUUUCUCACGGUAGAAACUAUCAUCAGACCGAUAAAAUCUGCUGAGGAUCUGGCGAAUUGGAAUGGUGUAAUAAAAUACGGUGCUAAAAGAGAUGGAGCAACUUAUAACUUUUUUAAGAAUUAUGCAACUCUCAAGGGUUCCAAUUAUUCAACCUAUGCCAAAAUGUUUAAAUACAUGGAGGAUAAUGCCAAGGACGUAUUAACGGAUAGUAAUGAUGAAGGAGCAGAAAGAGUAUUGAAAGAAAAUUAUGCAUUUCUUAUGGAAUCCAGUUCAAUUGAAUAUCUUGCUCAGAGACAAUGCAAUUUAUCACAAGUUGGUGGUCUUCUAGAUAAUAAAGGAUUUGGAAUUGCUAUGAGGAAACAUUUUCCUUACCGGAAUAAAUUGAACACAGCUGUAUUACAUUUACAAGAAAGCGGUGUUUUGUCCGAAUUAAAAAAAAAAUGGUGGAAUGAAAAACGUGGUGGUGGUAGAUGUCGUGAGGACUCUGGAGGUACAAGUGCAGCUGCAGAAUUAAGUUUGGAUCACGUUGGUGGUGUUUUCUUGGUCUUGGUUGUAGGAGUAGGAAUAUCUUGUCUUUAUACCAUUUGGGAAAUGAUGUGGGUAAUCGGAUGCACUUCUUAUAAGGAAGGAAUACCAUUUAAAGAAGCUUUAACAACAGAACUUCAGUUUAUAAUAAGAUGUAGAGGAUCAACAAGGCGAGCAAGACGACGAAAAUCAUCAUCGAAUAGUACGAGCAAAAGUGAAAAAGAUGAUUCACCACCUUACGGUUUUGUGCCUGCAGUUAUAACGAUCGCUCAUGAGGAAGAUCAGACAUGAACUGUCAUGGCAUCUUUAUAGAGAUUGUUUGAAUCUUCGCCUGGAAUACUCUGCAAUAUUCAUACAAAGAUCGCUCAAAGGCUCUCGUUUUUUUGUGGCAUGCAAAGUGCUAUUUGAUGUGCUUAGAGUGACUCCCCGAUCAUAAAACAGUAUUAACAGCUUGUUCACGAACAUAACAUGGCGUAAACAAUUUUUGAUAUUAAUGCGAUCUCAAAUUGCUGUUCAACCAAUAGCGGCAUUUCUUUUAUGUAUCGAAGAUACAUAUAUCAUUUUAUCUGCAAAUGCCUUUAGGUGCAAAAAUAGUAAAAUAUUUAUCAACAUAGCACAAUUAACAUUCAUGGUUUACGCACUAUUCCUACAUAAACUUGUACGCAAAUGAUAGAUAUUGGUUAAGUUUCAACUAUCUUUUUGUUUAUGCAAAUCUGAUCAUGAUGAAAUACACCUGUAACUUCUGAGCAUAUGUUUAUGUCAAAUGGCACUGAGUUGUCUGAAAUUGAACUAUUUAGUCGUGCAAGAACUAAAAAUUAAAUGGGUGGCUCGCUCUUUAUUUUAAUAGUAAAAAAAAAAAAAAUAAUUUGUGUUACUAUUCUUUUAUUCUUUUGUUCAUUCGUAAGGAAUUCAAAUCGAAAAUCUGUUGAUAAUUAUUUUUAUGAUUUAAUUUUUUUUUUUUUGGUAUUCACUAAAUCAUUCAAACAUAAUUAAAAAAGAAGGAGAGAAAAAUAGUAACCAGAUACAAAUUUUACUUUCACUGGAUGACCAUGACAAAUAUACCAGAAAUCUGAUUCUGCUAUUAUUUCCUAAUUACAUGAAACAUUUUUUGAGAAAAAAAUGUUACAUUGGUAAUUUUUAAGUGGUUAUUGAAUUAUUUUUAUGAAGCUAUUCUGAAUAUUGAUCAUGUCUUUUCGGAUUUAUCAUCCGUAGUAUGAGUUAGAUACCGAAGAAUACGAGAAAAAAACCAUGUGGUUCAUUGGUAUUCACAAUACUUAUUCUACAAAAGAAGAAAAACUCGUUUUGAUUUACGUUUCUUGUAUUGUCUUAAAUUAUGGUUAAUAGCUCAAUAAAUUGAUAAUUCAUGAACCCCCAAAAAAAA